UUCUUUCAACUUUCCAUCUUGUUUUACAUUUUAAUAAACAAAUUUGCCUCCAGUGUUCUUCAUUAACAUUACACUGUUCACAAAAGACAAUCACCCCCUACACAAAUCAAUAAACAAAACCUUUAUUUCAAAAAUGAAAAGUAGCCUGAGGACACAAAGUCUGGCAACAUUUUUCGGCAACAUUUUAACAAUAUAGAAUAUACUGCUAAAUGUCAUGCCCUAGCCUUAAGGAAUGUAUUUCUUUUAACGAAGAUGUAAGACAACUCCCGUUUGCUUCCAAGAUAGUCAGCUUGCCUUCCCUUCAGUGUUUGCUGUAUCCAUGGCAACAGAGCUCCGUUUCCCCUCCACUACUUGUGGCAUUAUGAGGUCAGGUGAAUACACCUCCAAGCUAUCUGUUUGACUAGUUAACCUUGCUCUAACAGGGCUGCAGAUUUCCCCAGCUAGGUGUGUUUGACAGCAGUGGAAAUAUGAACCAAAAAGUCGCGGUGCAGGAUAAGUGGGCCCAAGCUGGAUGGAGGAUAGAGCAGAAGUAUGCAAACAAAGUGCUGUUAGGCAACUGGGCCGAGGAAAGACUCCAGUUUACUCAGCAGCCAAACACAGCCAACAGCACCAGUCGUGUAGACUACUGGCCCCACUGGGACUUCAAGCCAGACAUCUCUGAGAGAAGAUCUGCCCUGCUGAGAGCUGAGGGGCUUCCAUCCAAGAUGCUGUUUUCCCACUCUGACCCACCAUCCUUGCAUUAUUUGCUCACCGAGUAUGAAGAAAGCUUUGGGCAUAAGCACACUAAUGCUUUGCCCAUCCUGCAACCCUGGCAUCCAGACAACUUGACAUGGCAGCCUGAGAGGUUGGACCGGCCCAUUUCUGGUAAGGCUACAGUUGUGUGCCACCGCCAAAAGGCACAUACAUGGGAAAUGCCUAUUAAGCCAUCCAGUUGCCAUGGGUAUAAGUGUAGUGCAAAUUUACUUAAGUGCAUUAAAUUUUGCAUGGACAAAACACGUCAGCAAAUGGCUGCAGUAACAUGGCAGUUAACUUUCUCUUCUUUUACAGCCCUUCCAACCAACACCGGUCCGCUGCAGUCCACAAAUCACAGUUUCGAAAAGCAGCAGCCACACCUUCAUUCCCUGACUGUGUACAGGUCAGCAUACCAGAGGCACCCACUUGGUGCCCUCUGCCAGAGCCGCUUUGCCAGGGCUUCACACAGUCUCUCUAGUUACCUCCAUGCAGCCAAUCACAACAACAAGGACCUGGAUCUGAGACACCGCUCACUCCUACAAGUCCCAGAUCAUUGUCUCAGCCUAUUUCCGCCAUUACAACAAGCUUAGAGACAAGACUGUGCCUCCUGAAUUGCCUCAUAUGCUGCUUGUUAAUUUAGAAGCUCUGCUUAAAAGUGUGCUGCUUUGUGAUUCAUCUUUUGUAAUAAUUGGCAGCCUGAUUUUUUUUUUAACUUAAAGGACCAUUUGGGAAAUCAAAGGGAAUUAAAGAAUUUAACAUGAUUCUCAUUAUGUGUAAGGACUACUGUAGAUUUGCUCUGUGUUGUGUGAUCAUCAGUUUGUGCAUUUAUAUUUGUAUGAACUGGUGUGUGUCUGUGUGCAAGAGGGAGAAAGGAGGGGAGCUAUAAAUUAUGUCCACCCUUCCAGAGAAUGAUUACAUGCAAAUUUUAUCUCUGUCUGCACACUUUAUAUGUGAAACUCAGAAUUGACUGUUAGUAUUACCCUAGACACCCUGUGGGGAAAAAAAUAAAGGAAUAAAUAAAUUAAACAAGUGUUGAUGCUAGAACUGACCUGAGUAUUGAGGCAAACCAGAAGCCAUGAGUCAUCCAAGUCAAUGUCUGAAGGGACGUGUCUAACUCCCAUUCCAUUAGGUGUUUAAUUACAGGGAAUCAAAGUGUUUAAUUAGGAAGAAUCAAAGAUGCUUAUGUUUGAUGGUCAACCAUCUGCGUCUGCCUUCCUUCUUCCUGCCUGCCUGCUGCCUUCCUCUGCAGCUCUGUUUCACUCACUGUUAGCUAGUUAGUCACUUUACUGUGCUGCUGAUGCCUGUGUGUCACAUGACACAUCUGUGUUACGGGAGGUCUGCAACACAACAAGUCUUACUGAAAGCACCGCAGUGUUUGCCGUCUGAGCCACAUGAUGGUGCUAUAGCAGCAUGUCACUCUGAGAGCCUUUGAAGUCCUCAGCUUUACAGUCUGUACAGUGAGAGACUUGAUUGUAAAAUGAGCAGACAAUGAGGGAUUUAAUAUUUGUGUCAUUAUUAUGCAUAUUUCAAUUGUUAAUGUAACCAACACUUUAAAAUAAACCGCAAGUGUUUAGAUUGUUCUUGUUCUAUUACUGGUAGUCACACAGAUAAUGGAAUAGACAGUUGCCUU